ACCUCUCUCGCAAGGCAAAACAUUCGGUCGUAUUUUGCUAGGUUAAAUCGCUUGACCCAAAAUAAUCGGUUAUUGUAUAAAAAAAAAUACACGAUGACCCAAGCUAGCUGAAACUUGUUUUUACUAAGCGAACUUGGCAGUUUGCACAAAACCAUUGCCUGUGUUACAGCGUUCUCGCCAUAAGUGUUUUUUUAAAUUAGUGUUACGUGUUAAAGAUGCUGCUCAUCGUGGCAUCACUGCUAUAUCUGGUUGGAGCAUAUCCUCAAAACCAGGUCACUGUGAACCCCAACAUCUUGGUGGAGAUCUUUGGAACUCCUUCUACUACCAAAUCUGAUCAGAUGAGACUGGAAGAUAUAACAGUGAAGCCCACGGAAGCAACCAGUACGUUCACAGACAAAGAUGGCAACCCCUGUCAGUGUGUCCCGUACUACCUCUGCGAUAGCAACCUGAACAUCCUCAAUGACUCCGAUGCUACAGGCUGGGGCAAACUAGACGUGAGGUACGGUGAAGACGAUAACUGCCAAGAGACCGUUGAACUGUGUUGUAAAAACCCGAUCACGAUGGAGGAAGUAAAGCCUCCCAAGCCAGACCCCAAAAGGCCCAAAGGCUGUGGAUACAGCAACCCUAAAGGCUUGGACUUUCAACUUACGGGUGGAAAUGGUAACGAGGCUCAGUUUGGUGAGUUCCCGUGGGUUGUGGCACUUCUGGAUGCACUGAACGAGAGCUACGUGGGUGUUGGAGUGUUGCUGCAUCCUCAGAUCGUGAUGACGGCCGGUCAUAAAGCCGCCAGUUUUGGAGCUGGUACGUUGAAGGUCAGAGCUGGAGAAUGGGACACCCAGACCAACAAGGAACGUCUUCAAGCCCAGGAAAGAGUCGUAGUUCAGAUUGAGAUUAGAAAUGACUUCAAAGCCGGAAACCUUCAUAACGAUGUUGCUUUACUGAGGCUAGAGCAGCCUUUGGAGUUAGCUGAACACAUCAACGUUAUUUGCUUGCCAUCCGCAGGAGAGGACUUUAGCAGAAGCAAAAACUGCGUCGCCAAUGGCUGGGGGAAGGAUUUAUUUGGUCAGAAAGGUCGCUAUGCAGUCAUUCUGAAGAAAGUGAUCCUUAAUAUGGUGGACCGUGAUACCUGCGCGUCCAAGUUGAGGGAAACUAGACUGGGGAAACACUUCAAGCUACACGAGAGCUUCGUUUGUGCGGGAGGAGAGGCGGGAGUCGAUACUUGCCAGGGUGACGGCGGGGCGCCCCUGGCGUGUCCUUUUGAAGAAAAUCGGUACAAAUUGACCGGCUUGGUGGCGUGGGGAAUCAGUUGCGGCGAUAACAUUCCAGGCGUUUAUGCGAAUGUUGCCAUGUUUCGAGCAUGGGUCGACCGCGUCGUGCAAUCAUGGGGAUUUUCGACUGAUGGAAAUAAUAUAAGAUAAUAAAGAAUUUGUAUAAAAA